GAGAGAGAGAGAGAGAGAAACAGAAGCCUUUUCAAAGCAGCAGAGGAGCUUUAAUUGAAUUGAAUCGAACCAGACUGAUGAUGAAAACAGAGGAAACCCACCCACACUCGCAACCCUUUUCUGGACUCUGAAAGAUUCAAGUACCGACACUUCUCGAUUUUGGAUUUUUCUUCCAGAUUUCAUCUGGGUUUUCGGUUCUUUACAAAACCCAAUAACCCUUUCUCGAUUCAUCCAUCUCUUGUUCUUGUUCUUGUUCUUCCUGGUCGUUCUCUGCUCGGAUGAACUGAUUCUUGCUGCUUAACUAGUUUGUUUAUUGUGAUAUUUCGAUCGAAAUCUUCUGUGUUUCCCUUUUGAGGUUUUGUUCUUGUCUCUCUUAAUCAUUCUCAGCAGCAAACCCUUUUUGUCUUUUGCCCUCUAAUCUGUUCCAUUUCUUGGAUUGUACUAUCUCCUAUGAGUUCUUUGAGAAAUGAUCAUGAAAACUGAGGAUUUUGCUCUCUUUUGUGUGCAAUAUCCAUAAGAACUUGCUGGUUUCUGUGAAUUUGAUCCUCUGUUUCACUGCAUUGAGCAAUGUUUCAAGAUGAAGGCACAUCCUCCAUAACUUCUUCCCCUCUCCAGUUCUUCACAAUGAUGUCUCUUUCACCUAAACUGGGCUCUCCAUAUCCAUGGCUUAGAGAGCUCAAAUCUGAGGAGAGGGGCUUGUAUUUGAUCCAUUUGUUGCUUACUUGUGCUAACCAUGUGGCUGUUGGCAGCCUUGACAAUGCUAAUCUUGCUCUUGAUCAGAUAUCCCAUCUUGCUUCUGCUGAUGGCGAUACAAUGCAGCGGAUAGCAGCGUACUUCGCUGAGGCUCUCGCCGAUCGAAUCCUUAAAACUUGGCCUGGCCUUUAUAAGGCCUUUAACUCCACAAAGAUACCUGUGGUUUCAGAGGAGAUUCUUGUUAAGAAGCUGUUUUUUGAGGUGUUUCCAUUCCUCAAGGUGGCUAUUGUGCUUACUAAUCAGGCUAUUGUUGAAGCCAUGGAAGGGGAAAAGAUGAUUCAUAUCAUUGAUCUCAAUGCAAAUGAAACUGCUCAAUGGCUUGCACUUUUGCAAGUUUUGAGUGUCAGGCCUGAAGGGCCUCCCCAUUUGAGAAUCACUGGGGUUCAUCAACAGAAACAGGUUCUGGAUCGAAUGGCUCGUCGGCUAACCGAAGAAGCUGAAAAGUUUGAUAUCCCAUUUCGAUUCGAUUCGGUUGUCUGCCGAUUAGAGGAUCUUGAUAUGGAAAAGCUUCGUGUGAAAACAGGGGAGGCUCUGGCUAUCAGCUCAGUUCUUCAGUUGCAUACCCUUUUGGCAGCUGAUAAUGAAGUCCGGCAAAAGUCAUCUCCAUUAGCAGGAAAGAGUGCCAAUGGAGUUCAUUACUCGAGAUACCAGCACCCGAACCAAACUAACUUGAGUGAGUUACUCGAAAAGGAUUCGAUUAAUGGGUGCAGUCCGAGUCCCGAUUCGGUAUCUUCAUCAGCAUUAUCUCAAGCCAACGUGACGAAGAUCGAAAGCUUCUUGAAUGGAUUGUGGAGUUUGACGCCGAAGGUGAUGGUCGUAACCGAACAAGAUUCUAACCAUAAUGGUGCAACACUUAUGGAGAGAUCACUAGAGGCUCUCCACACAUAUGCAGCAAUCUUUGAUUGCCUGGAAUCUAAUAUGUCAAGAACAUCCGUAGAGAGGUUGAAGUUGGAAAAGAUGCUAUUUGGGGAAGAAAUAAAGAACAUUAUAGCUUGUGAGGGAGGUGAAAGGAAGGAACGACACGAGAAGCGUGAGAAAUGGAGUCAACGGUUCGAUCUCGCAGGGUUCAGGCAUGUGCCUUUGAGUUAUUAUGGCAUGCUGCAGGCAAGGAGCCUGCUGCAGGGGUAUGGUUGUGAUGGUUAUAAGCUGAAGGAAGAUAAUGGUUGUGUUAUGAUUUGUUGGCAAGAUAGUUCGUUGUUCUCGGUAUCGGCUUGGAGGUGUUGUAAGUAGCAGUAUUGUCUGGUAGGCUAAAGAAUUCUUCAUUCCGAUUAGAUCAGUGUCGGAGAACGAUUGUGAUGUCGUCCGGUCUUCAUGUCUGAUGAAACUGUAUCAGCACAUUUGUUUUAGUUUUCUCAUUCUAUGUGUUGCUGAAGAGUACUGACGUUUGGUCUCAUCAUGGUUCAUUUUUUGUAUCAGAGGGAAUUCAAUAUUAACUUGUUCUAGUUUGUACACUGAAACCAUA